AUGGGUAAAGAAGCACAUUCUAUUUCUUCUGUCGAUAGCGGCUCCGGGACUGAUUCUGAGUCGCGUCGCUCCGUGUCACAAAAUCCGCAAGAUUGCCAAGAGAAGAAUGUUGUCCCAAAGCCUCCUCUUCCAGGUGAUGUAGAACAACAGGGCCAGGACCAAAGCCAAGUUUCACAACGCGUAUUGCCCGAUGUCCAUUCGCGUUAUGAUAUCGGCCGUAAUUGUUGGCGUAACCAUUUUUUGGCCAUGUAUGGUGAGUUUUGUGGUACUUUCAUCUUUCUAUCCACAGGCUAUUUCACUGCUCAAUCUGCCAACCAUGGUUGGAUGAUGAAGGAAUACGAUGACAAGUUUGAUUCUCACCCGGCACGUAUCCUAAUGAUUGCAUUUGGGUUUUCCAUGGGGUUGAUGGUUUCCAUUUUUUCCUUCUGUGAUUUAUGUCCCUGCGCGUUCAACCCAGCAGUAGCGUUUGCCUUGUUUUUGGUCCGUGGCAUGAGUUUUGUUAGAUUGGUUUUAAUUUUCAUUACCAACAUUGUUGCCGCAAUGGCUGCUGCUGGGUUGGUCAGUGCCAUGACUCCAGGUAAAGUUGCUUUUGAUUUGACUAUUGGGCUGGGAGCUUCGAGAACCAGGGCUAACUUUAUGGAGAUGUUUGGUACUGCCUAUUUGUGUAUUGUUGUUAUCAUGUGCGCAAGAGAGCCAAGAAGAACCAAUAAAUGGUGUGCCUUGCCUAUCGGCUUUGUAUUAUUUGCCAUGCAUAUUUGGAUGCUGGCUUAUGAUGGGUGUGGUAUUAAUCCUGCAAGAGCUUUGGGUUCUGCCGUCGCCAAACGUUAUUUCCCACAUUACCAUUGGAUUUAUUGGAUCGGGCCUUUAAGUGGUUCUAUAUUCGCAGCUUUACUGUGGUGGAUCUUACAGUGGUUAGAUUACACCAAGUAUAUUGAAGCUGAAAAGACCACUUUCUACAACCCAGAAACUGGUUGUACCGAACCAGUAGAAUAA